GGCGCUCGUCACGAUGUUUAAAUUCGCAAUGGAAGAAGAAAAGAGCUCUGCUUCCCCCGCAUCAAAGCCAAUUUGCUUCACGCCUUUCGCACAUUUCCGCUGCGUGGGAUCGAAUCAUGUGCAUCAAUGCUUAGAAUCAACUUAACUACCCUUUCUGUUUGUUUGUUGAGUGGUUUGCUGCCGUUUCGCCUCGCUCCUACGCUCCCACGCUCUUCUCUUCUUUCGCUUGAUUGCACAGCGAAUUUUUGGAUACAUUUCAUGCCGCGACCGGCAUUGACAAAGAUCGAACCGGGCUAAUGAGAUGCGGGGUUUGUAUUGUGGUUAUGGUUGGUGAGAAGGCUCUUGAAUUUUGCUGGCGAUGGUAGACGGAGCGUCAAGAGGGCGUGAUUGGAUUCAGUUCUUGUGCAGAUUUGAAUUGAAAGACCAGCAAGUGACUGCAUUUCCAGAGAAGGGAGAAUAAAUCAUUAUUGAAAGAGUUGGUCAAGUGUCCACUUCGACUUCAUGAGGGAUUAAUCUCGGACAUGUGACUAUUUAUGUCUGGGAAGGCUCCAACGAAGACAUGGGUAGACAAAAGGCAGGGUCAUUGUCUAAAUUUUCAACGACCUCUAGCUCACAAGACAUGCACGCUCCUUGAGGAUGACAGGCAAGUCUCGUUGGCACUUUCGGAAGAGUAACAACAUGUGGACAGAGAAGUAGCUUAUCGGCUCACAAAUCUGGGAUCCAUGAAGCAUGUUCCUCGAAUAAACAUAUCGUUUCCAACUUAUGAGGACGCGUCUGCGGACCACCAGCGGCUCUCGGACAGGCUGAAAUUGUAUGGAUUAGCAGAGCAAAAGAUUAAAGGCGAUGGAAAUUGCCAGUUUCGUGCUCUGUCAGAUCAAAUAUAUCGCACUUCACAACAUCACAAGUAUGUGAGGAAGCAGGUCGUGAAACAGCUGAAGGCAAAUCCAGUGAUGUAUUCGAAUUACGUUCCCAUGAAAUAUUCAGAAUACUUGAAGAACAUGGCCAAGAACAGUGAGUGGGGUGACCAUGUAACAUUGCAAGCAGCUUCUGACUAUUUUGGCGUAAGGAUCUCCUUAAUCACUUCGUUCAGGGACACAUGCUUCAUCGAGAUUACACCUGUAGUACAAAAGUCUAAACGAGAGAUCUAUCUAAGCUUCUGGGCUGAAGUUCAUUACAAUUCAAUCUAUUCUGUAGGAGUAGACCUACAAACCAUUCAACAACGUACCAAGAAAUGUGCUGCAAGUGGUGGAAAGAGUCCAUCCACGAAACUGCAUUAUAAGGAGGAAAAACCCAGCAAGGUGUCCAAACCGAAGAAACGAAUCAAAACCUCUGGCAAGGUGUGCAAGAAGGACUCGCCCAGGUACAAGUUAAUCAGACCAUGUCAAUCGAAGAAGCAGAUCAGGAGAGCGACAAUGCCCUCGCAACACCUCGGAACUUCCCAUACUCUGAAAAGAUGCAGGAUUCAAACUCGACGAAAGGCUUACAAAACCUCGUGGAAAAGUAAGAUUUGUCAUCAAGAAACAUGCAGACAACCAUCAGCAAUUUCAGCCAACCGUAACGAUGCCCAAGAGGGUGAAGAGCCCGACAUCCUGUCAAUGAAUUUCUCAGAGCCAACAUUUGUUCCAAGGAAAACAUCCAAUAAAACACCGGUGGGACUCAAAGCUCUGUUACUCAGGAUUUUUGGUUUCGAGGCAAAGAAGAGGCCAUCACACGGUUCUCGGUGGUAAAGGUGCACAUGUACGUGCGUAUCUAUUGUCCAUUUUUCAGGAUUUAAACUGGGAUUUUGAUUCCGUUUGCAACUUUGGAAUCAAACUUGUCCAUUUCGAAACCACCUUGUUCAAGACAUCCACCCUCAAAUAAAAUUUAGAAAUCAGCUUUUACUGAUAUUAGCUUGAGAAACCAGCCGUGCUUUACGUGAUUUCCACCAUCGACUUUCAAAACAUACACAAUCCUUUGUUCACAUCACUGUUCAGCGGAGUUGGAAAUCAACUUCUCGGAUAAGUGGCAUUAACUUGUUAUUUCAUUCAUUUCUGUAUAAAUCCUAGUCUUCAUUCUAUCCUAUUUGAUGUAUUACACAUUCGAUCAUUUAUGGUGUGUAGGUGGGGUGGAAUAAAAGGGCACGUGUUUUCCUCAA